AUGAUAUCAAGUAAAAUAAUUAAUAUAAUUUUGUACAAUAUACUACUACCUUUCCUUCUUAUAUUUUCAUCAUGUGCAAGAAUAAAUUUAAGAGGUUUGAUUUAUUUAAUAUUUUUGUUAUUACAACCACAGGCAACAGCAUCUAUUUAUGAUGAAUUUAGAUUUUAUAAAGGAGAUUAUUAUCCUAAAGUAUAUGUUCUUUUUAUGUGGUUUGUUUCAUGUAUUGUUAUAAUAGGACAAUUAACAUUUAAUAUAUUACAUUUAUCAAAUUUAUCAAUAUUUGAAAGAUUACCUAAAAAAAAGUGUGAUUUUUGGAAUUAUAUAUUAAGACAAAUUGGUUUAGAACAAUGGUUUAACUGGAAUAUUGAAAAUAUGUUGUAUAUAAUUCUUCCAGAUUUAAUUAUUUUUACUUAUACAUCAAUAUUACUUAUUAUUAUGUGGUAUUUUCCAAGAUGGGAUAGAAAAAAGAGAAAAAUAAUUAAUCAAAAAACUAAUGAAGUGACAUCAAUAAAUAAGAAAAUUGAUAAUAUAUAUAUAUUAAUUGAUUCUAAAGAAAUUGAUACUAUAGAUAUAUCAUCAUCUGCCUUAAGGUCAAUUUUUAUGUAUAAUAUGAUUGACAAAUUAUUUCCAAAGAAAAAAAAUGAUUUAAAAUUUUUAAGAAAAGAAAAAAUUAAAUCAAUGUUAAACAAUUUUAUAUUUAUAAUAAUAUUAAUAAUACAAGGUUGUUUUCAUCCAACAUUAAUUUCUUUUCCAUAUUUAAUAUUAUCAUCAAUAUAUAUUAUAUCAUGGAUCUCAAAUAAAUAUUUAAAUUCAUGGCAUUGGGCAUUAGGAAAAAGAAUAUAUUUAUUAUAUACAUGUUUAUAUGUAUUAAUAAAUUAUUGUUAUCAAUUUGAAUCAAUUAAUAGAAAAAUAACACAAGAUUUGAUAAUUUCAAGAUUAUUUGGUUUAGUAAUAUAUCAAUCUCCUCAACCAUGUACAAAUAUAAUUAAAACAAAACAAAUAUUUAGUUAUUUUUGGCCUGAAUAUAUAUCACCAUUAUUAGGAUUUUUUUUUUAUAUUAUAGUGUCCUUUCAAUAUAUAAGUAUGCCACAUUAUGAAGUUGUUGAUAUGCAAAUACAAAAUAAAAAAAAUCAAAUAUUAUCAUUUGAAACAAAUAAUGAUAGUAAAGAAGAUAGUCAAUAUGAAGUAAAUAAUAAUUUAAAUAUUAAAUUAAAAAAUACUAAUAAUAAUUUAGAUGUGAAAAAAAAUACAACUAGUAAAAAAAAGUUGGUAAAUUCAAAAGUAAUAAAGAAAAAAGAAUUAAAACAUGAAAAUGAUAAAAAGAUACUUCAAAAUAUUGAUAAUAUAUUUUAUUCAAGUAAUUUAUAUAACUUAAUAACUUCACAUUCAUAUUUAAUAACAUUAUUUACCAUGAUUGGAUGGUCAAUGUUAUAUAGAUCUUGGUCAACUUUUAUACUUCUUGCUAUAGCAUGUAUAAUUUGGAUUACACCAAAUAGUAAAAAGACAUGUCUUAAAAUAAGUUUUUUUGUUGGAAUUUAUUCAAUAAUAUUAGUAUUAAUAUCAUUUAUUUAUUCACUUCAAUUGACAGAAGAUGAAUUACCAGAUCAAUAUCCAACAUUUCUACGACAAAUUGGAUUAGAAAAACCUAGAGAUUUUUCACCAUGUUUUCAUUUAUAUAUUAAAAUAACAUUUUCAUUUCUAAUUCUAUUAUCGUAUAGAGAAAAAAUUAUUGAAUUUACAAUAAAUAAAUGUGAUUCAAUAAAAGAAAAAUUUGAAUUUAGAAAAUUAUCAUUUAAUGAAAAAAAUAAUGAUAAAUAUAAAAUUCAUGAAAAAAAUUUAUUAAAACCAAAAAAGAAAUUAUCACAUAUAUCAGCAUUAAUACAUGAUUUACCAUUUAAAAAAGAUGGCAUAUAUGAAAAAAUUAAAAAAUUUUUCUUUCAAAAUGUUUUAAUAUGGAUUAUGAUACUAUUAUUAAAUGCUUCAAUUAACAACAAAGUUGUUAUUUAUCGAAUUAUAUAUAUGGUAUUUUUUCUUAUUUUUAUCAAUAUGUUUUUUAUUUCAUUUACAAAUUGGAGGCGUUUUAUUUAUGCAUACCUAAUGUGCUUAAUUAUAUUUUCUGCUAUUAUUUUAAUAUUAAUGUAUACAUAUCAAUUUCAUGGAUUACCAAAUUUUUAUAAAGAAUAUCUUGGGUUUUCAGAUGAUUUUAUAAAAUCUAUUGGUUUAGAACAUUAUUCACCAGGACAACUUAUUAUUUCAAUAUUAACACCAUUGAGUUUUUUAAUAUUAGCAUUAAUUCAAUUAAAUUUUUUUCAUCUUUUAUUUAUGAAAAGAACAGGACAUUGGAAUAAGAUAUUAAAACUUAUGAGAAAUCCUAUUGUUAUGCCAUUAAAAAGAUUAGCUAAAAGUUUAACAUUACAUUAUGAUAAUAGAUUAAUACAUUUACAAAAUCAACCUAUACAAUCAAAUGAUUUAGAAGAUCAACAAUCAACAGAAGAAUCAAGUUACAAUGAACAAGAAUAUCAUAGUAAUGAAAAAAUAAGUAAUAAGACAUCACAAAAAUAUAGUAAAGUUAAACAAAUGAUGACAAAAAUGGAAAAAAAUAUUAAAACAAUAUAUGCACAUAAAACAAAAUUUGUUGAUGUUAUAUGGAGAUUUGCUGAGAUACAUUUUGAUAAAGUUGUAGCAAUAUUUUUAGCAUAUACAAUAUUUAAUGAAAUGUCAUUUAUAAAUUUACCAUUUAUAAUAAUUUUAGUUGUAUUUCCACCUGGUCAUGUUUAUUUUGAUGAAGUUAUUAAAUUAUCUGGAAUAUGGAGUAGUAUUAUUAUAUUAAUGAAACUUAUCUAUCAAUUACCUAUUAUUGAUGUUAAAUCAUUUGAAAUUGAUUGUUCAAUGUAUAUUGAUAUACCUACUACAGAAAAUAUUAAAAAUGAUGAUGGAAAUUUACUUGAAAUAUUAGGUGUUAAAAAAAAUAAUACUACAAUGAUAGAAAAAAAUUUUUUUAUAAAUCCUAUAAAUUGGAUUGGUCUUCAAAAAGUAGAUAAUUUAUAUGAAAGUUUAAAAAAUUAUAUAAUAUUUUUAUUUUUAUUGGGAUUAAGAUUUGUUGUAAUUUUACGUCAACAUCUUAAAAGACAUCAUUUAAAAGAUAAUACACCAUUACCAUCAUCAUUAUUAUUUCCUGGUGUAAAUAGAAAACAUGCUGAUAAAAAUGUAAAAGAAUGUUUAAAAUUUUUAUCAAAUUUUUUCUUUUAUAAAUUUGGAUAUGAAAUAACAUUAAUUGGUACAGCAGCUGUUGUUGCAUAUAGAAAUGAUUUUGCAGCAUUUUUUCAUGCAUUAUGGUUAUUUCCACCAAUAUUUAUACCAAGAACAAAAUAUCAAAAUAUUUCAAAAUAUCAUACACUUUUUGUUGGUAUAUUUCUUAUUUAUCAAUAUGUUAUUUGUAUUGGUUUACCAGAAAUAAAAUGUGAUAUAUAUCCAUGGGAAGAUUUAACUAGUGAUACAAGAAGUCGUUUAAGAGAUUGGUUAAAUCUUCCAUCAAUAAAAUUUAAAUCAAAUCCUAAAAAAAUUUUUAGUGAUUUUAUAUUAUAUAUAUUAUUAUGUUGUUUAGAUAAAGUUUUUGAAGAAGAAAUUAAAUUAAAAGAAAAUCAUCCUGGUGGAAGUAAUAUACCAACAAUUGAAGUUCGUGGAUUAAAAACAAUAUUUAAUACAUUUAAACAUUUAAAAGAUAAUCUUAUAAAUAUAAAUAAGGAAGAUUUUAUUCUUGAAAUAUCAUCAAAAAAUAAAAAUAUUAAUCAAUUUACUGUACCAAUAGCAAUACCAGUACCUGAUUUUAUUUCUGAAAAAGGAACAUUAUUAGAUUAUUUAAAAGAAUUAAUAUUUAUUCAUUUUUAUUGGGUAACAUUAGCUGUAUUAUUUUUAACUGGUACAAGUAGAGUUACAUUAUUUGCAUUAAUUUAUGUUCUUGCAAGUUUUUUAUUUUAUUGGGCUGGACAUUCAUUAUUUUAUCUUCCUAUAGAAUAUGCUUUAAAACUUUUUGAUAUUUUAAUAUUUUAUAGUAAUAGUGUUAUGUUUAUGAGAGUUAAUUUACAAGUUAUUGGACUUUUAUUAAUUAAAUAUACAAAUUAUGAUUUAUGUUGGUUUUUUCAAUUAAAUGGAAUUAAAUAUUAUAAUAGAAAUGAAGAAUAUAUUUCUGAAGAUAUGAAAUCACAAUAUAAUGAUAUACCAUAUAAUGAUAUAUGUGAUCAAGUUGAUAGUGAAACAGGAUUAUUUUAUGAUUGGUUAUGUUUUUUAUUUCUUGUUAUACAAAGAAGAAUUUUUUCAACAGAAUAUUUUAAACAUGUUAUUGUUGAAUUUAAAAUUCAAAAGGUAUUUGCAAGUAAAGGAGCAAAUCUUAUAGAUGAAAUAAGAAAAAAUGAAUUAAAUCAAUCAAAAGAAUUUGAAAAUGAAAUAUUAAAUAAAAUAAAAUUUAAAAUGGAAAAAAUAAAAAGUCGUAAUAUAAAAGAAAAUAUUGUAGAUAAUGAAAAUAAUAAUAAUAAUAUAGAGGAUGAUAAAUUGAAUAUAAAUAAUCCAACAUAUAAAAAAAUAUCAACAACAUUAGUACAAAUGAUAAAAAAAGAUUAUGAUUUUAGUAAUACAAAUUUAUUACAUCAAAAUAGAUAUAAAUCAUUAAGUUCUAUUGCAAAUAGAAGAACAUCUAAUCCUUCAACACUUAAUAAAAUAUUAGAAUUUGGUGAAAGAGUAACAGGAAGAUCAUCUUAUUCACUUUCAAAUCCUUCAGAAAUACAAAGAAUAAAAGAACAUUUUAAUUCUAGUAAAAAAAAAAGUAUAAAAUCAGAUACUUCAAGUAUAGGAUCAUCAUUAAGUCCUAAAAAAGAUAGUAGUAGUAAUAAUGAUGAAAAAAGUGAAAAUAAAAACGAAGAUAAUAAAGAAUUUUCAUCUAGAGAAAAAAGAAAAAAAACAAUGAAAAGAACAUUUUCAAUUAAUUUAGAUGGACCAAUAAUGUCAUUUGAUCAAGCUGAUUAUAAAAAUAUUGAUGAAGAGGAAUGUGGUGUUCGAGGUUUAGGUCCAUUACAAUUAUUAAAUUUUGCUUUUAAAAAAGGUGCAAUAAAAGAUGCUGUUAAAGAAAGUAAUGAAAUUCAGGCAACACAUGAUAGAUUAACAAAAGAGAUGGAAGAUAAUUAUGGUAUAUCAAAUUAUAAUUUAAUAAGAAAAGCUAUAUUAAAACAAAAAGCAAAUAAAGUUAAACCUGAUUUUGAUGAAUAUAAUUUUAAUGAAGAUAAUGAUUAUACAUUUCUUGGAAAUCGUAUUUCAACCUCUGAAAGUAUAGAUGAUAAAAAUUUAAGUACAUUAAGUUCAGAAUGUGGAAACAAGAAUAAAAAUGAUAGAAAAAUAAGUAGUGAAACAAAAGAAUGGGAAUAUAUAAAGAAAAAAACAUUAGAACAUUAUCAGAAGAGUAGUGUUGAAUUGUCUGAAAAGGACAAAAUUGAUGAUAAAUCAACAACCUCAACUUCUGAAAAUAGUGUUUGUGAAGAGGAUAUAAAUGAUUCAAAAAAUUUUCAAUAUCCAGAAAAUGACAGUGAAAUUAUACAAGAAUCUGAUGGUGAUACAUCAGAACGAACAGUAAGUAAAAGAAAAAUAACAAGAAUAAAAAAAUUUAAAAUAAAUUGUCAAUAUUUUUUUGAUAGAUGUCGUGAAACAUCAAAGAAUUUAGCUAAUUUUAUAUAUUUACUUGCUGUUGGAACAAUUGAAUCAUUUAUUGCUUAUUUAAUGUUUUUAAGUAGAGAUUAUAGAUAUAUUUAUAAUCAUUUAGAGAAAGAAAAAAGACAAUAUAGAGAUAAACUUAAUGAAAAUUAUUUGUUAAAAAAUAAAAAUAUUACAACAGAUAAUAUUAAUAUACCAAAAAUUAAAAUAUUAAAAGCUGAAAGUUUUUCAAAAAGCUUUGAAUCAUCAAUAUCAAGAGGAUCAUCUUUUUCUGAAGAAUUUAAUUAUAAUAUAUUACAAAAAGAAAAAAGUCACGAGGAUUUUCAUAAAUCUAUAAGUUAUAGUUGGAGAAAUGAAUAUCGUUUAGUACGUCUUGUAAAAGCAAUUUAUUAUCUUUUUUUAUCACGUUCAGAAAUAAUAUGUUAUCUUAUGAUAUUUAUAAAUCAUAUGAAUAGUGGAAGUUUAAUAUCAAUGCCAUUACCAUUAAUGACAUUAUUAUGGGGUACAUUAACAGUACCAAGACCAUCAAAAAGAUUUUGGAUAACGAUUAUAACAUAUACAGAAUUUAUAGUUGUAUUUAAAUAUUUAUUUCAAUUUGGUUUUUUUCCAUGGAAUCAUAAUAUUAAUAUUUCAAAUCCUUUUUGGAUUCCAAGAAUUAUUGGUAUUGAAAAAAAAAAAGAUUACGCAACUUAUGAUUUAUUUUUAUUAAUGACAUUAUUUUUUCAUCGUAGUACACUUAUAACAAUAGGACUAUGGAAAACAAAUAAAACAAAAAAAAUUAUUAAAAUAGGUAAAAAAAAAAUUGAAAAAAAGAAAAAAAAACAGAAGGAUAUAGAUGAUGAUAAUAUAUCAAGGAGAAUUAAAAUUUCUAAAAGUGAUAGUUAUAUUUGUAGAAAAAAUAGUAAUGAAAUAGAAGAGAAUUGUAAUUUGACAUCAUCACCAAUUGUAUCAAGAAAUUUUCCUUUUAGAAUAGGAAGAAAUCAAUCAUUAAAAAUUCGAAAAAAUUUAGGUAUAUCAAAAACAAUAAUUUUAGGACAACAUAGAAGAAAAACAUUUAAUAAUAAAGUUAAAAGCAAAUUAUCAACAAUAAAAAUAUUUUUUCAAAAACUUUUAGACUCAACAAAUAGAUGUUCAUGUGAUGUAUUUGUUUCAAUGUUUAUAUGUGAUGUAAUAUGUUUUUUAAUAAUAAUAUUUGGAUUUAGUGGUUUUGGUACUGGUACAGGACAUGGAAGUGUAGCAGCAUAUUUAGAACAAAAUAAAAUUCCUGGAACAUUAGUAUCAAUGCUUAUCAUUCAAUUUCUCUUAAUUAUUUUUGAUAGAGCAUUUUUUUUAAGAAAAUUUAUUUUUGGAAAAUUAAUAUUUCAAAUAUUUUUAGUUAUAUUUAUACAUAUAUGGAUGUUUAUUCUUUUACCAGCUGCUACAGAAAGAAUGUUUGUUAAUAAUUUAACAUGUAAAUUAUUUUAUUUUACAAAAGUUGUAUAUUUCCUUAUUUCAGCAGCACAGAUUCGUGCUGGUUACCCAAGACGGUCAUUAUCAAAUUAUAAUACCUAUUCAUAUACUGCAUUAAAUUUACUUUUAUAUAAAUUAUUUAUGCUAGUUCCUUUUCUUUUUGAACUUCGAUCAUUAAUGGAUUGGAUAUGGAUGGAUACAUCAUUAGGCUUAGGUGAUUGGUUUUCAUUACAUGAUAUAUAUUCACAUAUAGCUAUGUUAAAAUGUGAAAGAAAUAUUGAAGAAGAUUAUCCUAGUCCUAAGGGUGUUAAAAAACGUCCAUUUCAUAAAUAUGGUUUAGGUGGAGUUUAUUUAGUAUUUAUGAUAUUUGUUAUAUGGUUUCCACUUGUUUUAUUUAGUAUGGCUAAUACUGUUGGUGUUAGAAGUUUACCUGUUGAAUGUACAUUAAAAUUAACAAUAUCAGGAUAUCAACCAUUAUUUAUAUCAACAGCUCAAUUAAGUGAUGUUAGAGAAACUAAUGAAGAAGAAUAUCAAAAAUUAUUAUUUAUUUAUAGGACAAGUAAAUAUGCUAGAAAUUAUUUAGCAGAUUAUGGAAAAGAAGAUGUUGUAAAAACUAAUGUAAAUGGUAAUAGUAGUGUUAUAUGGCAAAUAUCACCACCUAGUAGAGAACAAUUAAUUAAUGAUUUAGAAAGUGAUAUUCCAAUAUCAUUAAAAUUUGAAUGGAUAUUUAAAAGAGCUUAUAAUGAUGAAUUACAACAAUAUGGUGAAGUUUCAGAUUUUAAUGAAAUAAUUCUUAAACCAAAAGAUAUAAUACGUCAAAAAUUAAUUGAUAUGAUAUCAUACAAAAAAACUUAUAUAGAAAAAAAUAAUAAUAGUAUAAUUAUAGAAAAAGAACCAAUUUUAAUAGAAAAAGCAUUUCCUCCUAUGGUUGUAAUAACAGGUGAAGGAAUUGCAGAACCAGCAACAGCAUUAUUAGUUGAACAGUUACCAGAUCCAUAUUCUAAUAUACAUGAUGCAUUUUUUGAUGUAUUAAUAGAUCUUGAACAAACAGAAGAUGGUAUAGAAUGGUGGAGAAUGAGAAUGAUUGAUAAAAAUUGGGAUCCUAUAAAAAAAACAGAACAAACAAUUAGACCUAGAACAUGUAUAUAUGCAUUUGUUGAUAAAGUUUUCCCAAAAAAAUUUUCAUUUAUUACUGGUGGUGGUAUAUUAGGACUUUACUUAUCUAUGGUACUAUUUUUAGGACGUUUUAUAAGAGUUCAAGUAACUGGUGCUAUGCAAAAGAUAAUGUUUGAAGAGUUACCAAAUGUUGAUCGUUUAUUACAAUUAUGUAUUGAUAUAUUUUUAGUACGUGAUGCAGGUGAAUUUGAAUUAGAAGAAGAUUUAUAUGCAAAACUUGUAUUCUUAUUUAGAAGUCCUACAACAUUAAUAAAAUGGACAAAAGAUAAUACAUUAUAA